AGAAUAUCUCUAGCAUGGAAAACCAAUGAAUUUAUGCCCCCGUCUCAAAUCAUGCUGAUUUAACAUGGAUGAGCCUUUUCUCUCCAAAACAAUAGCAGAAGAGAUCAGCAGGCCAUCACCAAGAAGAGAACAUCCCUCUAACUACCUUGAUCUUGGCCAGUCUCUACGUCAAUCGACUGCACAUCUUGUAACUAAUGAUGUCAUUAUCCCCAUUAUCACUACACCAAACACUUCUUCAUUUGUAAAUCUCAUAGCCAAUUUGAACAAAGAGAAAACAAGACUCGCUCACCGAUCCCAUUCAGCUCCAUCUGUGUUUACUGACUCCAAGGAGUCUUUUACGGAUUCUUUUGACCCCCGACAAGCCCCAAAAUCUACUCCUUUGAUCGUUCGGCAGGCUUUUAUUGCCGUAUUCUUAUAUAUAUUGGUCGUUGUGUUGAUAUUCCUUGUCGGUGGUAGAUUCAAGGGAACUGAAACAAUCAAGCCUGUAGACGCCUUGUACUUCACCGUGGUCACACUUUGCACCAUAGGCUACGGUGAUAUUGUUCCAGAUACAAUAUUUACCAAGUUAUUUACUUGUGUUUUCGUUUUGGUUGGUUUUGGUUUCAUCGAUAUUUUGCUAAAUGGAUUAGUCACAUACAUUUGCGACAGGCAAGAAGCAGUUCUGUUAAGCACCAUGGAUGAGAGUAAGUCCAUCACUAUGGUUCAAGCUUAUAUGAUAGACAAAGCUAAAGGUAGAAUGAGGAUCAGAAUGAAAGUGGGCAUGGCUUCAGCAGUUGUCAUUGUUUGCAUUGCGGUAGGAACUAUUUCGGCGCGCUACCUAGAGAAGUUGGAUUGGGUUGAUAGUUUUUAUCUGUCUGUUACUUCUGUGACAACCGUAGGCUAUGGGGAUUUUGCUUUCUCGACCAUAACUGGAAGAUGUUUUGCCAUUAUUUGGCUAUCAGUAAGCACAUUGGCAGUUGCCAGGGCAUUUCUAUACCUGACUGAGCUAAGGAUUGACAAGAGAAAUCGCAGGAUUGCGAAAUGGAUUCUUCACAAAAAGAUGACACUCGGCGAUUUAGUAGCUGCAGACCUUGAUAAUGAUGGAUCCAUCAGCAAAUCUGAAUUUGUUAUUUACAAACUUAAGGAGAUGGGGAUGAUAGCAGAGAAAGACAUGCUUCAGAUCUGCAACCAAUUUGAUUCAUUAGAUAGUACCAGCUGUGGCAAAAUCACUCUUGCGGAUCUCAUGCAACGUGACUAGGGCUGAUGUUCUCCGGUGUAAACAAGAAGAAAGGUAAUUUACAACAAGCCAGAUGGUAUCAUUGUUGAGAAAUUUGUUUAAGAACAUGGUUCACAUUUGAACUCAAAUCAAAAGUGGGGUUCAUUAUUUUUUGGCUUAAAACUUUUUCAAA